AGCGCAUUCGAUACCAUAGUAGGUUGACCAUGAGGAGGGUCUGCUAUGGCGCCAUUACAGAAGAAGCAGCAGACCUUGUCUUCUUUCUUCAAAAAGCCUUCGUCUAGUCCACUGGUUGCGAAAUCUCCUGUCCCUGAUGAAGAAGAGGAUCACAUCCAAUUGCCAUCCGCCAAAAGACGACGAAUCACUCCCAGCGAAGGAGACCCCUCCAACGUCGCAGAUGGAGAGACAGAACAGGAUACACGGACUCUGAGACCCCUCUCAGCAAAUGGGCAGAAUAUCGCCACGAUCUCAGCCGACUCCGUUUUAACAGGCCGAACCUCGAAAUACCUCUUCUCGUCGUCGCCAUUACAAGAGAACCAGAAUGUUGAACAAGAUGAUAGCGCCGAGAAACGACGAAAAGAUGAGCUACAUCGGAAGUUUGUGAAGAAGCUGGGCAGACCUGAUAGUAUUGCUGAGAUCAAGAGGCGGAAUCGUGCACUAGAAGAGGAAGCUGUCGGAGAAGAGAACGAUGAUGCAGAAGAGGAGGCUGCUGAAGAGCCGUCGAAGCCGGCGACACGGACCAAAGGCACGAAAAAAGCUGGAAGCAAGCUCACGCCAAUGGAAAAGCAGGUCAUUGAAAUCAAACAGGCUCACAUGGACACUCUACUAGUGGUGGAAGUCGGCUACAAGUUUCGCUUCUUUGGUGAAGAUGCCAGAAUUGCUGCAAAGGAACUGGGCAUCGUGUGUAUACCUGGCAAAUACCGAUACGACGAACAUUUAUCCGAAGCACACCUGGAUCGAUUUGCAUCGGCCAGUAUCCCCGUGCACCGUCUGCACGUCCAUGUCAAGCGUUUAGUCGCCGCUGGUCACAAAGUUGGCGUGGUGCGUCAACUUGAAACGGCCGCCCUCAAGGCCGUUGGUGACAACAGAAAUGCACCAUUUGUACGAAAGCUCACGAACCUAUACACCAAAGGCACUUACGUUGACGAUACAGAAGGGAUUGAGGAGGAUACUAGGGCGAGUCCUGCGCCCCAGUCGCCCUCUACUGGCUUUCUACUAUGCAUGACCGAGGUGAACGUGAAAGGUUAUGGCAACGAUGAGAAAGUGCAUGUUGGACUUGUUGCUGUCCAGCCUGGAACCGGAGAUAUUGUGUAUGACGACUUUGAGGAUGGUUUCAUGCGAAGUGAGAUUGAGACCCGACUACUACAUAUCGCCCCUUGUGAGUUUCUGAUCGUUGGUGAGCUUUCGAAAGCGACCGAGAAGCUCGUUCUGCAUUUGUCUGGCAGCAAAACCAAUGUCUUCGGGGACAAGAUCCGGGUGGAACGUGUGGACAAGGAGAAGACGAUGGCCGCACAAGCACACAGCCAUAUCUCGACAUUCUAUGCUGGAAAAUCGAAGGAUGCCCAGUCAGAUCAGGACAAGGCCAUCAAGAUCUUUGAUAAGAUCCUAGGUCUUCCGGAGAACGUCCUGGUCUGCCUGUCAGCCAUGAUCAAGCAUCUGUCCGACUACGGACUCGAGCACGUUUUCCAACUUACGAAGUACUUCCAACCUUUCUCGGCCCGAUCUCAUAUGCUGCUGAACGGCACUACGUUGACAAGCCUUGAGAUCUAUCAGAACCAGACAGACCACUCCACCAAGGGCAGUCUAUAUUGGAUGAUGGACAGGACGCAAACGAAAUUUGGUGGAAGACUGCUGCGCAAAUGGGUCGGUCGCCCGCUACUAGACCAGCAUCUGAUCGAGGAACGACUCAACGCCGUUGAGGAACUUCUCGAUCCUGACAGAGCCAUCAACGUAGAGAAAUUGAGGCAUGUGCUGUCGAAAAUGAGGACAGACCUGGAAAAGAGCCUUAUCAGGAUUUAUUACGGCAAGUGCACACGACCUGAGCUCACGAACGUCAUGCAAUCGUUGCAAUUCCUGGCCACAGAGUUCGCCCAAGUCACUGAUGCAGGAUCCACUGGGUUCGGUUCUCUUCUCAUCUCGUCAGCCAUUACGUCCCUGCCCCUCAUUUUGACUGAGGUGGUCGGUUAUCUGGAGAAAAUUAACCUUCAAGCUGCUAAGUCGGACGACAAGUACGACUUCUUCACGGACGAUGCGGAAACGGACGCAAUUACAGAGCACAAACUCGGUAUCGCUAGCGUGGAGCACGACCUCGAUGAAUUUCGCACCACGGUUGCAGAGAAACUGGGCAAGAAAAGAUCGGUUGACUACGCCACCGUUGCCGGGAUAGACUACCUCAUCGAAGUCGAGAACAAUUCCGGCACGAUCAAAAAGGUCCCUGCGUCCUGGAUUAAGGUCUCUGGUACGAAGAAAGUCUCUCGCUUUCAUCCGCCUGAAAUUGUAAAGCUCUUGCGCGAGCGGGAUCAACAUAAAGAGUCCCUCGCAGCGGAGUGCGACAAGGCGUAUAAAGACCUCCUUGCGGAUAUUAGUACCAAGUACCAACUUUUCCGCGACACGAUCCAGAGCCUAGCGACGCUGGACUGUCUCUUGUCGUUGGCCAACGUGGCCAGUCAACCAGGCUACGUAAGGCCCAGUUUCACAAGCGAGAUCAAGAUCGAUGUCGUGGGGGCGCGACAUCCGAUGGUUGAACAGCUCCUAAUCGACGCGUACGUGCCGAAUGAUAUUGCCAUCGCGCAUGAAGGGACACGCGCGCUGCUCGUGACGGGCCCGAAUAUGGGCGGCAAGAGCUCGUACGUGCGGUCCGUUGCGUUGGUGAGCAUCAUGGCCCAGAUCGGGAGUUUCGUGCCCGCAACGAGAGCGAGGCUGGGAUUACUCGAUGCCGUGUUCACGCGCAUGGGGGCGUUUGACAAUAUGAUGAGUGGAGAAAGCACGUUUAUGGUGGAAUUGAGUGAGACUAGCGAUAUCUUGAAACUUGCGACCGAGCGGAGUCUGGUAGUGCUGGACGAGCUCGGACGCGGGACGAGCACGCAUGAUGGUGUGGCGAUUGCGAGGAGUGUGCUGGAUUAUUUGGUCCGAGAGAAGAAGUGUCUGACGCUGUUUAUUACGCAUUACCAGAUGCUCGCGAAGAUGGCCGAGGCGUUCGAGGAAGGGGAAUUGAGAAACGUACAUAUGCGUUUUACGGAGGAGGGUAAUGAGAAUGUGACGUUUUUGUACGAGGUCGGCGAGGGCGUGGCGCAUAGAAGUUAUGGGUUGAAUGUGGCGAGAUUGGCGAAUCUGGGCGAGGGUGUGAUUGAGGUCGCGAAGGGGAAGAGUAGGGAGCUGGAAGAGACGACCAGGGGUAGGCAGGUUAGGAGUCUGGCGAGGAAGCUUGUCAAUGGGACAGAGAAUGAUACAUUGGGUGAGGAUAGGCUGGAUUGGUUGGUGGAGGGGAUUGAGAUGCUCUGACCUGGUGGAGGACGUGCGAUGAGAUAUCGGCCUGAGAGGACCGCGGGGAGAGAUCGCCAUUAGUCGACUGACGACGAGAUCCCGUCGGGCACCAGUAGAUCAUUUGCUGUUACGCAUUGAUCAUAGAUGUAUGGCUGUAUGGCUGUAGUUAGAGUAUGGCCUCUGUAAUUGAUCAUGAGACGGCAUGACAUGA